AUGCCUACAAAGUUGGUAAGUAAAGCGCAGAUUAACUUAAUUAAAUUGACACUGAUAUAUUUGACAGAGACAAUUGGAGAUGGUUAUUUAGUUUGUUCUGGAAUCCCCCGUCGAAAUGGAAAUGAUCAUGCUAAGGCAAUUGCCGAAUUAUCUUUUUCGUUCCUUCGAACAGUCUCCACAUUUCGAAUUGACCAUUUGCCAAAUGAACGUGUUAAUUUACGUAUUGGAAUACAUACUGGACCAGCAGUAGCUGGAGUUGUUGGAUUGACAAUGCCUCGUUAUUGUUUAUUUGGAGACACUGUAAAUACAGCUAGUAGAAUGGAAUCUAACGGAAGACCUGGACGUAUCCAUAUAUCAACCACAACUAAUCAUUAUUUAACUAACAUAAUUGGAGGAUAUGUAACAGAACCUAGAGGAGAAGUAAUUAUUAAAGGAAAAGGAGUUAUGGAAACAUUUUGGCUACUUGGACAUGCAGGGGAUUCUCAUUACUUUUCAGGUACAGGUGUUGCUAAUGCUGAUCGUGACACUCCAGAACCUGUUUGA